AUGUCGAUCCGAACAUUUCGUUAUAUUAUACUAAACCUGAUUUUAAUAUUCCAAUUAUCCACUUGCGUAGCAAAGAACACCGAAAAUGAUAACACCCCAGUUCAGGAAGUAAUAUACUCAAAUUCCAUUCGAGCCCUGUCUGAACUUCGCGAGAUUGAGAAUUCCUAUAUGGAGCAUUUGUAUAACUAUGUUAGCUCUCUACGACAAAAAAUCCAAACUCUCAGAACCUUUAUUAACUGUAUAACUCAGGAAAAUCUUCACCACAAAUUGGAUCAAUAUAAAUAUGUGUCCAAUCCCCUAAAUUCAUUUGGACUUUUAAGGCGAGCUCAUCAAGAUUGGCCAAAGUUGACUUCGUACUUAAGAGACCAAGGAAAUUUUAUAGUUGAUCUCGAGGAAAUGAGUAAGUUUGUCAAUCGUACACCCAACGCACAUGAUAUGGAAGAAUCCCUAUUGGGGAUGGAUAGAAUAGAGCACUUCUACAACCUGAAGUCAUCGGAUAUGGCCCAGGGUCUUGUUGCAGGUCAAAAGCUAGGGUCGCGAAUGUCGGCACCUGACUGCAUGGCUUUAGCAGAUUACUUGUACAAACGAUCAGAAUUCGAACGUGCUGCUGAAUGGUAUCGUCUGGCUUUUAGUGUAUUCAACAAACCAAAAAAUAAUAUGGCCCUAAAAUUGUAUGCGCCAAAACGGGAAGAGCUCCAAAAAAUGUUCGUGAUAAGUCGGCUUCAAGAAGGUUCCGUUGACAACUUAAGUGACUAUCUAAAGGAACUAUCUCAAGACCCGGGGACUUCAUUGGUGCACUUAGGACCACGGAAAUCGCCCACUGCAAUUGAACAGGGCUGCCGGGGAAACUUUCCACCACAUCCUCAACUGGUGUGUCGCUACAACAGCACCACCACUCCAUUUAUGCGAAUAGCUCCUCUGAAGGAGGAGGAGAUCAGCAAAGAACCACUUAUCUGGCUGUAUCACGACGUGAUCUAUGACAGUGAGAUCGCUCAAUUGACGAAUUUAACCCGCGAAGAGAUGAUUUUGGGCACAACUAAUAACUAUACGACUCCAGAUCGGGUUAAUCGCCUCUUCCACGUCAAAGUCACCAACGACGAUGGCGGCCAGUUGGACAGGACGUUGGUGAACCGUAUGGCGGACAUAUCGGGGCUCGAUAUGGGCAAUACCACCUCCUUGGCCAGAAUCAAUUAUGGACUUGGUGGUUAUUUCCAAGAACACAGUGACUACGUGGACAUUAAGCUCCAUCCGGAACUGAUUGAGGAGGGAGAUCGCCUAAUGACAUUCUUGUUCUACAUUAGCGAUGUUCCAGUGGGUGGUGCCACAAUAUUUCCCGCUGCCAAGCUGGCUAUCCAGCCGAAGAAGGGAUCCGCCCUCUUUUGGUACAAUCUCCACAAUAAUGGUGACCCAAAUCCGUUGACCAGGCACGCUGUUUGCCCCACAAUCGUGGGCAGUCGAUGGGUACUAGUCAAGAGCAUGUUGAACUACGAGCAGAUGUUCAAGAAGCCCUGCUACAAGUAAACAAUUAAAACAAUUAUAAUUUCUACAUCUACACAUAUUGAUUGAUGUUUUAAUUGAUGUUUUAAAAUACAAAUGAUAGUGUUAUACGCUUAUGUUAUAUCUUAAGUGGCAUUAACUGUAAUGAGCUGGACCUUUAAUAUAAUU